UACUUCAAUAACUUUUUUUUUUUAAAGAUUAGUAAAAUUUUAAAGAAAAAAAAAAAGCAUUUGUAAUAAAAAAGGAAAAUGGCACCACCAACAGGAGGUACAGAACCAUUUUCGAAUCCAAUAGCUCCAGCUAACCAUAAGAUGUCAGAAGAAGAAUCUAGGUUAACAAAUGCUGAUUUUCGAUCUUUGCUAAUGACACCUCGUGCAACUCCUUCUGUUGCUCCACCAAAACUACGACUUGGUGUCCCAAAAGAAUUCGCUGAUGCAGAUGAUGCCUAUGCCAAACGAAGAAAGAAAAAACUUUAUUACGCUAAACUAAAAAAACAAGAAGAAGAAAGAGAAAAAGAGCUUAAUGCAAAAUAUAGAAACAGGGCUCUUGAAAGACGCGAAGGCAAAAAUGCAGAUUAUCAGCAUAAUGAUGCACCUGAUCUUGCUAAAACAGCGGAAUAUCGUGCUGUAGCUCCUACUGCAGAUCAAGUAACAUCUGCAGCAGAACGACGUCGUUUAGCUAUCCAAGAAAGUAAGUUUUUAGGAGGUGAUAUGGAGCACACACAUUUGGUGAAAGGUCUUGAUUUUGCACUCUUACAGAAGGUUCGUAGUGAAAUAGCAUCACUUGAAACUAUGCAACCAAAAGAGAUUGAAGAAGCUCAUGAAGCCGCUAAUAAAAAAACAGAAGAUGCAACUCAAGGUAUCGAGUUUCAAAGUAUAACAGGACGAAAAAUUCACAAAGCAGCUUUAAGCAAUAAGCCACCUGCAAGAAAUGAACUAUUUCUUCCGAAGAGAAUGGCAUAUGUGUUUAAUUUGGAUGAUGAGUUAGAUGAUUCUGACAUUCCAACAACAUAUAUACGAAGUAAAGCAGAUUGUCCAGCUGUUGAGAAUCAAGCAACACUUACAACAAAUGACAUUGUGAUCAAUAAAUUGACACAAAUAUUGUCAUAUUUGCGUCAUGGAAUGCGUGCCAGCAAAAAAUUUAAGAAAAGAGAAAAAGAGUUAAUAAGAGCUGGCAAAGAUCCUCGUACUGAAGAUCCUCGAACUGAAGAUAGCAUAUAUGGAGAAAUUGGCGAUUAUGAUACAUCAAUGGCUAACAACCAGCAGGAUAGCCACCCAUCUGGAAAAAAUAUGCAAUCAAAUUAUUUUAGCGGCAAAAAGGAUGAGGAAAAAUCAUUUAAUAAAACUGAAACAAAUGUGAAAGAUUUUGUCCAAAAUAUUGCUGCAAAGUAUGGUUCAAAGUCUGCUUCAAUAAAUGAACCAUCUGCAAUUGAUCACCAUAGAGACAAAAAAAAACCAAAGCGUAAGGAUGAAGUAACGGAUAGCUAUGCAGAGUGCUAUCCUGGGGCUGCAGAGAUGGCAGAUGCAGUUGAUGAUAGUGAUGAUGAUGCAGAUUAUUCCAAAAUGGAUAUGGGUAACAAAAAAGGACCUGUAAAACGCUGGGAUUUUGAAAAUGACGACGAUUACAAUAAAUAUAUGGAAAACAGAGUUGCAAUGCCUAAGGCUGCUUUUCAGUUUGGAAUUAAAAUGCACGAAGGACGUAAGACAAGGACGCGACCUGGUAAACAAACUGAAAAGCAAAAGUUGGAUAGAGAAUGGCAACAGAUCAGCAGUCUCAUUGCCAAACGAAAAGGUGGAGAUGGCGGACCGCCAAGUGGAAAAAAACAAAAAGAUUAUUAAACGAUCGUCUUUUUUGUCUGUUCGCAUAUUUUGAACUUUAGAAUUCUGAAUAUAAAUUUUAUGUAACUAUUUAAGAGAAUAAGUAAGGUAAUAAAA